CACGGUUCCUGCAUCAUUGUCUGCUUCAACCGUACUGGCUGCCCGUUCACUCGCCUGGAAGCCGCCAGAAUCAGCCGUAUUUACAGCGGUUGUCAAGAUCGUGGCAUACGGUUGAUCGGUGUCAUCUUCGAAGAGGCCAAUCUGGAAGACUUUAUGGACAAUGGGUUCUUUUUGGGCGGUAAGCUUGUCUGA